AUGGCAGGUGUCAGCUUGGAUCCGACGAUUGAUUUUUUAGCUGGAACUGUGGCGGGAACUGCUGGGCUCAUCGCCGGUUUUCCAUUUGAUACCGUUAAAGUGCGACUGCAGACUCCUGAAUUGUCUGGACACUAUUCUGGGUCAACAUUGCGCGCUAUUGCAACGAUAGUAAAUGAAGAGCGUGUGUUGGGCCUAUAUAAAGGCAUUGCUUCUCCGCUGUUGACCGUCGCACUUAUGAAUGGCCUCGUCUUCGCAUCAUACAACUUGUUCUUACGGUUACAAUGCCCGGCUUCGGCCGAAAGCGCAACCUUAGCUCAAAUCACAUUGGCGGGUGUUGGCAGUGGCAUCGUCUCUGCCGUUGUAACGACCCCCACCGAGCUUAUCAAGAUCCGUCAACAACAAUGCGUCGGUCACACAACUGCGCGUGGAAUUGCGGUAGGUAUCGUAAAAUCUGCUGGACUUCCAGGCCUAUAUCGAGGCCUUACUGCCACAGCCCUCCGUGACUGUGGGUAUGGGGCUUAUUUUGUCUCGUAUGAGGCAACCUGUCGUUUACUCUCGACUCCAGGAGAAACGCGACAAGGUUGGCCUGUUUUAGUUGCUGGUGGCGUUGCAGGCAUCGCUGGCUGGUUGGCUACCUUCCCCUUAGACGUCGUGAAGACUCGCAUUCAGGGUACCGGGCUCGUAAUAGAGCCUGCCCUGGCUCCUUUACUUGGCACAACUGUUGCCCAGAACUUGAACACGAUGAACACAAACCCUUACCAAAACACAUGGUCCGCAAUAGUGAAUUCCUAUCGCAAUGAAGGACUUGCUGUCUUCUAUCGCGGUCUGGCGCCCACUCUGAUCAGAGCUGUCCCAGUGAAUAUGGUGACUUUCGCCGUUUUCGAAGCAGUAAUUGGCGCAUUUUCAUAG